AUGCCGUCCAAGGGUAAUUCAUUCACGGAGUACGGUGAAAAGCCGAGCUCGAGGCGGCCCGGAUUGCUGAAGAACCAGCUGCGGCUGGUGCGGCGAGUGAUGGCGGACGGCAAGGCACGCAAGGAGAUUGCUCCGGUGGAGGAGCAGCUGUCGUUCGAGAAAGGCUUCUUCCUCUUCAUCCGCGCCGUGCAGCUCCUCACACAGAACAAUGCGGGGGUGAUACUGGUGGGGCUGGCGGGGCCGUCGGGCGCGGGCAAGACGGCGUUCACGCACAAGGUGGCGGGCUUCAUGCCCUCCAUCGCCGUGCUCUCCAUGGACCACUACAACGUCGCCUCUCGCGUCAUUGACGGCAACUUUGACGAUCCGCGCAUCACGGACUACGAGCUGCUGCUGGAGAACAUCGAGGGGCUGCGGCGAGGCGAGGCGGUGCAGGUGCCCAUCUACGACUUCAAAUCCAGCCAGCGCGUUGCCUUCAGGGAGCAAGCGGUGCCCAAGUCACGAGUGAUCAUCCUGGAGGGAAUUCACGCGCUCAACGAGCGAGUGCGGCCGCUGCUGGACCUGCGGGUGGCCAUCACGGGCGGGGUGCAUUUCGACCUCGUCAAACGCGUGUUGCGUGACAUUGACCGAUCCGGACAAGCUCCUGAGAGUAUUAUUCAGCAGAUCUCCGAAACGGUGUACCCGAUGUACAAGGCGUUCAUAGAGCCGGAGCUGAAGACAGCGCACAUCCGCAUGGUGAACAACUUCAACCCCUUCUCCGGCUUCCAGGACGCCACCUACCUCCUCAAGUCGCGAGCAGAGGGCGAGGGGUGGGAGGAGCGGGUGAGAGCGGUGCUGGCAGGAGGGCAUGCGCGGGAGGAGGUGGAGACCUAUGAGAUCUACCUGCUACCGCCCGGGGAGGACAAGGACACGUGCCAGUCGUACCUGUGCAUGCGCAACCGCGAUGGGCGCUACUCGCUCAUGUUUGAGGAGUGGGUGACGGACGGCCCCUUUGUAAUCACACCGCGCAUCACCUUCAGCGUGUCGGUGCGGCUGCUGGGGGGGCUGAUGGCGCUGGGAUACGAGAUAGCCCACAUCGUGCACCGCGAGUCCAUCGUGAUCAAAGAGGUGUCCCCACAGGGCGAGCAGGGGGAAGCAAACGCGGCGUUUUCAGUCAAGAUUGACAAGAUCGAGCAGCUCAAAGCCACCUACGUGCAGGUGAUAGGCAAGGACCGCAAGCGCGUGAAGGAGGUGGCGGAGCAGCUGGGCAUGGAGGGGGAGGGGGGGUACAUCUCCCAUCCUUAUAUCGAGGAUAUCAAGCUGCACCACCUCACGCAGGAGAUUCAGAGCAAUCAGCCGUCCCCCUUUUCCUCCAACGCGCUCAAGGCCCGUCUGCGCAUAUCAGACGACAUUCUGCCCUUCAGCCCGCCCGUGGGCCCGCGCUUUGCCUCGCCCACCUCCUCCUCCUCCUCUGCUGCUGCCUCCUCCUCCUGGUCUGCAGGCGGCCACAAGCUCGACAAGACCAAGAGCCUAGCGUCCAUGGGACAGGGAGACCCGUCUCCAGACAGCAUGCCGGCACCCACAGCCGCCCUGGCGAAGGCAGAGAUCAGCACCAUGCGCUCUGCCUGCUCUGCCACGGCCCUGGAGCUUACCGUCUGUCCUUUGUUCCUCCUUGCCCCACUUGCACACACUCACCCACAGCAUGCCAGCGCCCACAGCAGCCCUGGCGAAGGCGGAGAUCAGCACCAUGCGCUCUGCCUGCUCUGCCACGGCCCUGGAGCUUACUGUCCACCCACGGCCGCGCUAGCCAAGGCGGAGAUCAGCACCAUGCGCUCCGCCUGCUCUGCCACGGCCCUGGAGCUGCUCAAACUGGACGCCAGAGGGGACCGUGGGGAGGUGGGGGAGGGGAACGCGGAGCAGGGUGAGGGAGGGCAGGGGAGGCGGGUGGUGGGGGCAAGCCCAGCGCGGCGUGGUGGUGGUGGGAGGGGCGCCUCUCGCAGUAAUCAAGGGCGGAAUGGUGAGGAGCAGCAGCAGGAGGUGCAGCAGCAGGCGCCAGUGGUGCUGUCAGCAUCAGCGGUCGCACAAAUGCUGCAGAGCAACGAGGCCGUUGAGGGCAAGCUAGCGAGCAUCGCACAGCAGAUGGACCGGCUGUUGCUGCGCUUGGAGCAGGCGGGGCAGGCAGGGCGGAUGGCCGGGCAGCCACGCAGCACUGGCGGUAGCAAGCCACCUCCGUCCGCUCUUGCCAGUCGAGCAGAGGGGCAUGAUGGACACGUGGUUGAGGGCGGUCCACAGGGGCAGCUGGGGCAAGACGGUCAGAAGGUUCAGAAGGGUUCAAGUGGUGGUAACGCGGCGCAGAAUAACGGAGUGUUUGUUCCACUGGGGCAGGAUGGAGACAAGAGUGCGAGGGAGGGUGGGGGCGGAGGGAGCGGGCUACAGAGGGACGUGAGUGCAGUUGCAGAGCAACAGAGGCACAUGACUCGCCAGGUGAGGGUUUUGGCUUGUGGGACGUUGCUUCAUAAUGAAGCGAGUCACAAGGGUGCGAGGGAGGGUGUAAGAGGAGGGAGCGGGCUGCAGAGGGAUGUGAGUGCGGUGGCAGAGAAACAGAGGCACAUGGCUCGCCAGGCCCCAUGA